GCGGCUGUGCGCUCGGGCCGCCGCGAGCAUGGGGCUGUGUCCGAGGUGGCGGCGGCUGUGGCCCCCCGGGCUAGGAGCCUGCGGGCUACACACGGCGGCGGCGCCGGCCCUUCCGCGCCGGCUGGCGGAGCGUCUCGGCCUCUUCGAGGAGCUGUGGGCCGCGCAGGUGGAGCGGUUGGCCCGCCAGGCCCAGCGGGGACGCCGGCCCAUCAGGGUCUCGCUGCCCGGGGGCCAGGCGGUGGACGCGGUGGCCUGGAGCACGACGCCUUACCAGAUCGCCCGGCGCAUCAGCCCGACCCUGGCCGAGACCGCGGUGGCGGCGCGGGUGAACGGGGAGCCCUUCGACCUGGAGCGGCCCCUGGAGACGGACUGUGACCUCGGGUUUCUGACUUUCGCUUCUGCAGAGGGGAAAGCAGUGUUCUGGCACUCCAGCGCCCACGUCCUGGGGGCGGCGGCCGAGCAGCAGCUCGGCGCGGUGCUGUGCCGAGGUCCGAGCACGGAGUGCGGCUUCUACCACGACUUCUUCCUGGAAAAGCAGCGGACAGUUCGGGGCUCGGAGCUGCCAGCCUUGGAGCGCCUCUGCCAGGAACUUGCGGCCGCUGCUCGGCCCUUCCGGAGGCUACAGGUUUCCCAGGAGCAGCUUCGUCAGCUCUUCAAGGAUAACCCCUUCAAGCUCCGCGUGAUCGAGGAGAAGGUGACAAGUCCAACAGCAACGGUCUAUGGGUGUGGCUUGCUGGUCGAUCUUUGCCGGGGCCCCCACCUUCGCCAUACGGGACAGAUCGGAGGCCUGAAGCUCUUAACAGUCAGUGGUGCGGGCAGGGCGGCUCCAGCCCGCUGGGGUCGGGCAGGGAAUGGGCAGGUGGUGGUCUCGUGGCCUUUUUCUGUUCUGGUAGCUAGCGGGGAAAGCCAGAGGAGAAAGGUCCUGCGUCCCUGCCUCCCAGACACGCCCAGUCUGCUGGCAGGUGCUGGUCGCCCUGCCGGGACCCAGAAGCCAGUUCAGAUUCCAGACUCAGGCGUCAGUGCUGAGGGAGGUGAAGCUGGGGGUGGACAGGCUGGACAGACCCCAUACCCCAACCUCAGCCUGAUGUUCGCCCACCGACCCAGAUCCUGGCGGGAGCUGCCCCUGCGGCUGGCGGACUUCGGGGCCCUGCAUCGGGCCGAGGCCUCGGGCGGUCUGGGGGGCCUGACCCGGCUGCGGUGCUUCCAGCAGGACGACGCCCACAUCUUCUGUGCUCUGGACCAGCUGGAGGCGGAGAUCCGGGGCUGUCUCGAUUUCCUGCGCUCGGUCUACUCCGUCCUGGGCUUCUCCUUCCGCCUGGCGCUGUCCACACGGCCGUCUGGCUUCCUGGGGGAGCCUCGCCUCUGGGACCAAGCGGAGCAGCUGCUUCAGCGGGCCCUGGAGGAGUUCGGGGAGCCCUGGGACCUCCGCCCCGGAGAUGGGGCCUUCUACGGGCCCAAAAUUGACGCGCACCUGCACGACGCCCUGGGUCGGCCCCAUCAGUGCGGGACAGUCCAGCUCGACUUCCAGCUGCCCCUGCGCUUUGACCUCCAGUACAAGGGGCAGGCGGGGGCCCUGGAGCGUCCGGUCCUCAUUCACCGAGCAGUGCUGGGCUCCGUGGAGCGGAUGCUGGGCGUGCUGGCGGAGAGCUGCGGGGGGAAGUGGCCCCUGUGGCUGUCCCCCUUCCAGGUGGCCGUCAUCCCAGUGGGCACCGAGCAGGAGGCAUAUGCCAGGGAGGUACAACAGAGCCUGAAGGCCGCGGGACUGGCCGGCGACCUGGACGCCGACUGUGGACUCACCCUCGGCCGCAGGGUCCGCCGGGCCCAGGUCGCCCACUACAAUUUCCAGUUCGGUGAGUGACAGGGUUGCAGAGCC